AUGUCCGCGCCGUACUGGGGUCAAUUGCCUCCUCCAAAGGCUCGUCGUAUCUCGGACCAAUAUGAUCAGACUAAUCACAGCCAGUCGCGGGACCAGUCCGCCUCGCAAGCACAACCCAGAUCGAACCGCACCUCCAGCCAGACUGCGAAUACCGACGCCCCUACCGAGUCUACCUUCACUCCGCUUGCUUCUCCGACGACAUCAAACUACCAGGGCAGUGGCCUCGCGCCUCGACCGCCCUCAUUGCCGUACGGACACAAUACUUAUCCUCAAGAACUGCUAGAGAAACGCCGGAGGCGCACAAGUCGCGACCAACCAGACGAACCCCCCGAGUCGACCACCUCGCCUCCACCAGCUGCGCCUGACGUUCCGAGAGCUCCCCCCGUUAGCUACAAAGACCCCUACGGAAACGGAGGCCAAGCAUAUACAUUCAACGCUGCAGGUCGACCCGGGCCGCCUCGCUCAACUCGCAGUUCCGGGCCUCAGCCAACAUCCUCUGGAAUGGAGCCUGAAUCCUUCUACAAAGAUGCGACUCCGCCUGCUGAGAAGCAGGACAGAGCACCUGUACUCGACCGCGACAGGCCGAGAUUUGACGAGGGGGGGUUCUCUAGUCGCGCGGUGGGCAGAGACACAGGGACAUCUGGGUCGACACGACGCCAUACGAACGGACAUACGCCGGGGGAGGCCUCGACAGAUCCGUCUUCGUCCAGAAGGCGAGAAUCGCAAAAUGCAGACACACAGCGCAAAUUGUGGGCAGAUGACCGGUCACCACUCCAAAGGCUGGAGCUGACCCUCGAUAGCAUCACGAAAGAGGAAAAGAGGGCGCGCGUCGAGGCAGCGGAACAGCGCGCUAGAGAACGGGCGACCCAAGAAAGGGGCAAGGCUGUGGAUCGUGGCCAACACCUGCCUGAACGCCCAGCUGGACAGCAAGUUCGAUUUCGCGACCCACGUCAGCCUGUCGAGAACGGGAAUGGGAAGCGUGCUAUCGUUACAGAUCCGGUUGAGGAUCGCCCCUCUGCGGCCACGAAGAACGGCUCAUUGGCUCAGCAUCGGCCCGAGGAGGACAGGCCAUAUAAGCCUUCAGGUCAGUCACCGAGGUCUCAGAUUCCAGUGGCCACGAACCGCAACAUUCCGGGGAUAGAGAAGACCAGCCUGCCACAACGAAAUUUGAGUUUCCGCGAGAGAGCCGCCAACAACGAUCUCAAUAUUCUCAAAGAUCCAAGUGAUAGCUCAUCACCGACCUCACCAGUUACAACACCUGGCGGAGGCCUGGCUCUAGCACGCAGCGGCAGUAACAAGCUGAAGAAGAAGCCGCCUGGAGAUCCAUGGUUUUCUGUGCGUGGAGAGGCUGAAGAGGGAGCUGCUUUUCUGAAUAGACGCAAAGCAGAAGCUGCGAAUGGGCCACCCGGCAUGUUUAACAAUGUUCCUAUCAGAGCGCGACCUACAGGCGGUACAAACGAGAAGCACCCACAGCCAGCAGGCGAGCUCGAUAGACCCCCAGCUAGAGGCGAGUCUUUUCAAGGUCAUGGUGAUUUUGAGGAGUCGCCGCCGAGUCGACUGAAGGGGUUCGCUGCUGCCAUUGGCCUGGGGCGGUCGAACUCGAUGGGAGCCAACCGACAGCCUCAACAACCUCAGGGCACAUAUGGCGCCCCAGCGCGUGGAUUUGACGAUCCCCCGAGUCGGAGGAAUGGAACUGCUGCCACACCCGGACUGGGUCGGGCAAAUUCUAUGGGGACGAACCAUCAGCCUGCUCCGCGUAUUGAGGAGCCUCAUCCCCCCACGUCCGGUCCUAACGUCACCAAAUCCGUCACGUUCCCAGACCCGCAACACGAAGCUCGGGUAUUCGAGGAAGAUGAUUCAGAUGCUAGUAGUCAGGAUCAUGAUCAUGGGCUUAGAGAGUAUAUGCACCGUGGCAACCUGAAACCGGGUCAAGGCAUGUAUCAACCUCCUCAGUAUCUGGAUGAGUGGAAGAAGGGCACGACCGGAACACUAUCGGGUACUUUGCUGGAAAUCACUGGACAGCCUGGUUCGCCUGCCGAUACGAACAAAGCCUGGUGGGAAGGUGGUGGGAAGCGAAGAAAGAGUAUGUCAACACGGCCUCAGAAGGCAGAGGCGUUUGAUGGCGAAUACGACGAUACUCAAGCUCCGACGCGAUUCAAGCCACCACUGCAUCUCAAAUGUGGCCCGCUGUUGCGUUAUUGCGGCAUCCGUCAUGAGAAGCCCGUGGUUAGGACAGGUCGCAAUGAUUUACCACCAGAUAGAGAGAUCUGGCGAGGCUCUGUGAUGAUUGUCACGCAGGAUUCCGACUCUUCAUAUGAGAUCGCGCCCACUCUCCGGCUUUUCGUGCAGCCAAUCGAACUUCUGCCGCCGCCUCCAGCCGAACUGCGCGGCGAACUUCUUCCCGAAUACGUCGAUCCAAUUGCGGGAAUGCCAAAGCUCGGACGACGAGGGGAGACACUAUACGUCAGGCCGGUAGAACACCUCGAAGAAAGCAAGGACGCCUCGAAGUUGGGACCCGACGAUGGUCUGUUCGAGACCACAAGGACAGCGCCUGACUUCAACAGCAACGCUCCUGAUCCACAUGGCUCUUUUACUAGUCGUAAGAGGCGCACUGAGGUGGAUGGGGAGAAGGUUGGGAAGUACAAGGAUGUGCGCGGAUUUCGCCUUCAUACUGAACGAGGCCAUACAUUCUGGAGGUUCAACAUCGAGGUCGAGCUUCGCGACAAGCAGCAGCGAAUUGCCUACCGCAUCAAUCGCGGGCCUGCCACUGGUUUCUGGGUGCCGGCGCGAGGCCAGUCCAUGAACGUCAUGUUCCAUAGCUGCAAUGGCUUCAGUCUUAGUGUGAACACCGAUGAACUCAGCGGACCAGACCCUAUGUGGCGUGAUGUACUCAACAACCACCAGACUCGACCAUUUCACGUCAUGGUUGGCGGCGGAGACCAGGUCUACAAUGACGCCGUGAUGCGGAAAGCCAAGCUCUUCGAGCAUUGGCUCCAGAUCAAGAACCCUCUGCACAAAAACAAUGCGCCCUUCACUGCAGAUAUGCAAGAUGAGAUGGAAGUUUUCUAUCUUGAGAGGUAUAUGAUGUGGUUCUCGCAAGGGCUGUUCGGUCUAGCAACUUCGCAGAUCCCGAUGGUCAACAUGUAUGAUGAUCACGAUAUCAUAGAUGGAUUCGGAUCAUACCCUCAUCACUUCAUGAAGUCGCCCGUGUUCACGGGGUUGGGCAACGUCGCGUUCAAGUACUACAUGCUCUUCCAGCAUCAAAGCUUGCCGGUGGAAACGGAACAGACAGAACCAAGCUGGGUCCUGGGUGUCAAACCAGGGCCGUACAUCAAAGAGCUGAGUCGCAGCAUGUUCAUGUCCCUAGGAGCCGGUGUCGCACUUCUCGCCGUCGACUGCCGGACGGAGCGGACAAGAGACGAAGUGGUACGUGAGGAUACUUGGGAGAGGAUCAAAGACCGUUGCUAUGACGAGAUUAUCAAAAGCGAAACCCAUCACCUCCUGGUCCUGCUGGGAGUUCCAAUUGCCUACCCGCGGCUCGUGUGGCUGGAAAACAUUCUAACUUCGAGGCUAAUGGAUCCCAUCAAGGCCCUCGGGAAAGUUGGUAUGCUGGGCAAUUUCCUCAACCACUUUGACGGGGGAGUUGAGGUGCUCGAUGACCUAGACGAUCAUUGGACGGCGAAGAAUCACAAAGACGAAAGGAAGAUGGUCGUCGAAGACCUCCAGGAUUUAGCUGCAGACAAGUCUGUCCGCGUAACCAUCCUCAGCGGCGAUGUCCAUCUCGCAGCCAUAGGCGAAUUCUACUCCAACCCGAAGUUACACAUAGCUAAGCACAAGGACUUUCGGUACAUGCCCAAUAUCAUAUCAUCGGCGAUAGCUAACACCCCUCCCCCUGAUCUGAUGGCCGAUGUGCUCAACAAGCGGAACAAGAUCCAUCAUUUCGAUAAAGAAACCGACGAGGAUAUGAUUCCCAUCUUCACGCAUGGUGUCGAUGGCAAGCCGCGCAACAAUAAGCGUCUGUUGCCUCAUCGCAACUGGUGUUCUAUCAGGGCGUACGCUCCUGAACACACGCCGCCGACCACGCCACCAGCGGAAUACAACCAUGAGUAUACACCAGAGGGUACGCCUCCAGGCAGUCGUGGCGGUAUCCUCCGACGAUUCUCGCUCUCCAAGAAUCGGGGACCUGCGCUUCGCCCGGAUGUGCCAAAGGACUCGCCAGACCGUUCGCGCCCGCCCAUUACUGGAGGCUCCAGCUUUAUGCGACCCUUCUCAAGGCGAGGCUCGUCUUCUGACGCCUCGGCGCGCCCAGGACCUAAGAAGCUGACGCGCUCCCUCUCGCUUGGCCGCAGCGACUCGUUCCGCCCGCGUAACAUCUUUCGUCGGAGCAGCACCGAUCGGCCCCACGACGGCGGUAUUAAUGGCAACUGGGGCUCGGACAGCGAGGAGGAGGAGGACAUCUACAAUGCUCCACCGCCCCCUGCCUCCCGUCGUGGUCCUCCCGCGGCGUUCGCCAACACCGGCACGCUCGGUCUCCGCGGAGGAGCCAGCGGCAGCAACGAGUUUGACGUAGGCGACGACUCGUACUUCACCGCGCGUCCACCGCCCCGCCGCGCCGUUACGCAGCCCACAGCGAACGCCCACGCCCAAGACGACUACACGCCAACCCCCGAGUCAGAGGGGCCCAGGUCCCUCGAGCCUCCGCCACGCCCCUUCCACCGCACCCCAACGGGUCUCAGCACGAAGCAGAUGCGCAAGGCAUCUCGCUACGAGGUCGACGUCGAGGGCGCCCUCGACAUCUGCCUCAACGUCGAGGUGAACGCCAAGGAUCCCGCCGGCAUCACGGUGCCGUACCGGCUACUCGUGCCGCGCCUCUUCUACGAGUACACCGGCGAAGAUGCCACGUUCGACGUGGACAAGGAGGAGGCUGCGGACCGGGCGGACCUCGAACACGAGGAGGCAGUGGCGCUGGAAGAGGAGCGCUGGGCGCGGUACGAGAAGGCUCAGGAGGCUGGAAAGACCGAGUCUGAGGCUGAGGCUGAGGCUGAAGCUGGGAUACGGGAGAAGAGAUCUGGUGGUGGUGAUGUUGGGGGAGGGGGAGGAGGCUUGAAGCGCUGGUUCAGUGGGCGUGGGAGUGAGCGUGGGAGUCAGUAUCGCGCGCACAGGCAGUGA